CAAUGCAGAGGAGAAGGGAGAGGGGGGCGAGGGUUUUCACUCCCGUGCGUGCGUGUGUGUAUAUAUGUGUGUGUGUGUCUCGUCCUGCCCGUAAAAAGAGCAACAGAGGAAAACAAGGCUAGAGCGACCGCUGACACGAUGCCGGCUCGUCUCCGUUCCCAGUUUGAGUGUUUGCCCCAGUAACCAGGAGACUCACGGAGCAACAAAUCACGGAGCUGUCAGCAGAGGACAGAGGACAGCCAGAGAUGUCCCUGCUGUGUGUGGGAGUGAAGAAAGCCAAACUGGAUGGACCCCAAGAGAAGUUCAACACAUACGUGACUCUGAAGGUACAAAAUGUGAAGAGCACAACCAUUGCUGUCAGGGGCAACUUGCCCAGUUGGGAGCAAGACUUCAUGUUUGAAAUUAACCGCCUCGACCUGGGUCUGACAGUGGAGGUGUGGAACAAAGGGUUAAUCUGGGACACCAUGGUUGGCACUGUGUGGAUUCCCCUCCAUAGCAUCCGACAGUCAAAUGAGGAAGGUCCAGGGGAGUGGCUCACACUGGACUCUCAGGUCAUCAUGUCUGAUAAUGAGAUCUGUGGCACCAAAGAUCCCACUCUCCACCUGGUUCUACUCGACACACGCUUCGAGCUGCCUCUCGAUAUCCCAGAGGAUGAGGCACGGUACUGGGCCAAAAAACUGGAGCAGCUCAACGCCAUGCGGGACCAAGAUUAUUCAUACCAAGAGGAACAGGAACGCCCUCUCCGUGUACCAGGCACCCAGUGCUGUAACUGGAACCUAUGGGGAGACCAACAAAAUGAGGAUCCAGACAGUGCUGUGGACGACAGGGACAGUGACUAUCGCAGUGAAACCAGUAACAGCAUCCCCCCUCCCUACUACAGCACAUCUCAGCCCAACGCCUCUGUCCACCAAUAUCCCAUCAGCCACCAGCACCGUAGCUCCAGAAGCCUCUCUUACCCGCGCUCGGGCAACAGCCAUGACCUCGACUACAACAAUCAGAGGACUGUCAGCCCUACGGGGAGCUAUGCAUCAUCUGCAGAGCUGAGUCGGUGCAGCAGUCAGUUGAGCGAGGAGGAUUAUGGCGGUGAAUAUGGAGAGAGGGACCCUUACGACGAGAAUGACUCGUACCACUCCUGCCAUUCCUCAGUCAGCUACAGCAAAGGCUCUCCUGACUGGGACCCUGAUGAGACUCAGGGGGCGUACAGCGAUGAGGGUGGUUACAGCAAAGAUGGAGGAGAGGAGGUGGCUUUGUAUGAAGAAGAUGAUGGCGGACUGUAUGAGGGAGAAGAGGAUGGCCUCUAUGAGGAUGAGGAGAUGAUGUAUGACGAUGAGGAUUUGUACAACUUGGAUGGGACUGUCAGUGAGGACAUGGAGCCUCCUUUCACUCCCACGCCAACGUCAACGGUUCCUCCAACUCUCGAUGUUCCUAACUCCAGGCCCCCUCUAGAAAAACAGCCCUCCCUACACCAACAGCAGCCUGCUACUCAGCCCUCUAACCAGACAUCCAACCAGGCUCAUCCUCCUGGCAUGGCCCCAGCAGCACAGCCCCCCUCUGGUCAACCAACAGCCCAACCACCUAAACAGCCCCAAGCACAGCCACAGCCUGCCCCAUCAGCUACUUCCUUCUUUUCAAUGGCCAAACCUCUAACAGCUGCAGUCACAGGCUUGGCCUCUACUUUCCUCUCUUCGGUUCCCACCGCCCAGCCCGCCCAGUCUCAACCUCCAGCCUCUGCUGUAUCACAACAGAACCAGUCAGUUGCAGCCAACUCUGUCCCUCCAUCCCACCCGGCCACCAUGGCUAACUCAGCCUCUCAGCACCCAUCCACCGCUACGGGUCCCUCGUCCAAACAGAUCCCAACCUCUGCACAGCCCCAUUCCCAAUUCAGCGAUCCUGCCACCACACAGUCGGCUGCCCACGAAGACCAGGCUCCCCAGCUGGAGGAAGAACCGUGGCUAGAGGAGGAAAUGAUAUUGGAGAAUGAGGCCAAAACACCCCCAGCCCAGCUGGAGGAGAUGGUACUCAUGGAGGAGAAGGAGGAGCAGUUUGAAGAGAGCAGACCACCGACGCCAGGAGAGUUAGAAGAGAUACCACCUGAGAGCCCUCCAGUUAUAGAAGAGCUCAAAGAGCCAGUCGAUCCAGCAGUCAGAGCCAAAGAGAACUGGCUCAGGCUUUACAACAAGGUCUUAGAGCAGCUGCGGGAGGCUCGAGGAGAGACUUCCAACUCAUUGUGGUUUGGUAAAGGAGGAAUGGGAGGUGCACUCUACAGUAUUGACAGCAUGCCUGACCUUCGCAAAAGGAAAGCAAUUCCUCUUGUCAGAGAUCUGGCCAUGUCUCUGGUGCAGAACUCUCGUAAAGCUGGAAUUACAUCAGCCAUGGCCUCCACCACUCUGGGAAAUGAAGAGUUGAAGAGCCAUGUCUAUAAAAAGACUCUACAGGCUCUGAUCUACCCCAUCUCCUCCACUACUCCUCAUAACUUUGAGGUGUGGACAGCCACCACCCCCACCUACUGCUAUGAAUGUGAGGGGCUGCUGUGGGGUAUCGCCCGCCAAGGCAUGCGCUGCUCUGAGUGCGGUGUCAAAUGCCACGACAAGUGCCAGGACUUACUCAAUGCUGACUGUCUGCAGAGAGCUGCAGAGAAGAGCUCCAAGCACGGGGCAGAGGACCGGACCCAGAACAUCAUCAUGGUCCUGAAGGACCGCAUGAAGAUCAGAGAGAGGAACAAACCGGAGAUCUUUGAGCUGAUACAGGAAGUGUUUGCCCUCGACAAAUCAACACAUGCCACACACAUGAAGCAGAUCAAACAGAGCGUGCUUGACGGGACCUCAAAAUGGUCAGCAAAGAUCAGCAUCACUGUGGUGUGUGCUCAGGGCCUGCAGGCGAAAGACAAAACAGGCUCCAGUGACCCAUAUGUCACUGUUCAAGUUGGGAAGACCAAGAAGAGAACCAAGACUAUCUAUGGCAACCUCAACCCUGUCUGGGAAGAGAAUUUCCACUUUGAGUGCCAUAACUCGUCCGACCGCAUCAAGGUCCGCGUGUGGGACGAGGAUGACGACAUCAAGUCUCGUGUGAAACAGAGGUUCAAACGUGAGAGCGAUGACUUCCUGGGUCAAACCAUCAUUGAAGUCCGCACUCUGAGCGGGGAGAUGGAUGUCUGGUACAACCUGGACAAGAGAACCGAUAAGUCUGCUGUGUCAGGAGCCAUCCGGAUGCACAUAAGUGUGGAAAUCAAAGGGGAGGAGACGGUGGCUCCUUACCAUGUCCAGUACACCUGUCUACAUGAGCAUUUGUUCCAGUACACCACUGAGGAGCAGAACGGCGGUGUAGUAAAAAUCCCUGAUGCCAAAGGAGAUGAUGCCUGGAAGGUGUAUUUUGAGGAGACGGCUCAGGAGAUAGUGGACGAGUUCGCCAUGAGAUACGGAGUCGAAUCCAUCUACCAGGCCAUGACCCACUUUGCCUGCCUAUCGUCCAAGUACAUGUGCCCAGGAGUGCCCGCUGUGAUGAGCACCCUGCUGGCCAACAUCAAUGCUUACUACGCCCACACCACCCAGUCCUCCAACAACGUUUCUGCCUCGGACAGAUUUGCUGCAUCAAACUUUGGCAAGGAGAGGUUUGUCAAACUGCUGGAUCAGCUGCACAACUCCCUGAGGAUCGACCUGUCCAUGUACCGGAAUAACUUCCCUGCCAGCAGUCCUGAAAGACUACAAGAUCUCAAGUCUACUGUUGAUCUCUUGACAAGCAUCACAUUCUUCAGGAUGAAGGUCCAGGAGCUGCAGAGUCCCCCGAGGGCGAGCCAGGUGGUGAAGGACUGCGUGAAAGCCUGUCUCAACUCCACCUAUGAGUAUAUCUUCAACAACUGCCAUGACCUCUACAAUAGGGAAUAUCAGACAGAUCCUUCAAAGGCAGUGCCUCCAGAUGAGCAGGGUCCCAGCAUCAAGAACCUCGACUUUUGGUCCAAACUCAUCACUCUCAUCGUCUCCAUCAUAGAAGAGGACAAAAACUCCUACACGCCUUGUCUUAAUCAGUUUCCCCAGGAACUGAAUGUGGGCAAGAUUAGCGCUGAGGUCAUGUGGAAUAUGUUUGCACAAGAUAUGAAAUAUGCCAUGGAGGAGCACGAGAAGAACCGCCUGUGUAAAAGUGCAGAUUAUAUGAACUUGCACUUCAAGGUGAAGUGGCUCUAUAAUGAGUACUGCAAGGAGCUGACCACUUUCCAGAAGCAUGUCCCUGAAUAUCCAGCCUGGUUUGAGCCAUUUGUCAUCAUGUGGUUGGAUGAAAAUGAGGAGGUGUCCAGAGAUUUUCUUCAUGGAGCCCUGGAGAGGGACAAAAAAGACGGGUUCCAGGUCACAUCGGAGCACGCUUUGUUCUCCUGCUCGGUGGUGGACGUGUUCUCUCAGCUCAAUCAAAGCUUUGAAAUCAUCCGCAAACUGGAGUGUCCUGACCCGCAGAUUGUUGGCAACUACAUGAAGAGAUUCGCCAAGACCAUCGGCAAUGUCCUGUUGUCUUAUGCUGACAUCAUAGCGAAAGACUUCCCAAAUCAUGUCAAGAAGGAGAAAGUGCCGUGUAUCAUCAUCAAUAACAUCCAGCAGCUCAGGGUUCAGUUGGAGAAGAUGUUUGAGGCCAUGGGAGGCAAGGACCUCAACUUGGAGGCCAGUGACUUCCUGAAGGAGCUGCAGAACAAACUCAACAGCGUCAUGGAUGACCUCAGCCGCAUUUUUGCAGUCAGUUUCCAGCCCCAGAUUGAGGACAACGUGAGGCAGAUGGGUGAUAUCCUGGCUCAAGUCAAAGGUCAGACUGUACCAGCCAAUGGCAGCGUGGUUCAGGAGGCCGACAACGUCCUACAGCCCAUUAUGGACUUCCUGGACAGCAAUCUGUCGCUGUUUGCUAAGAUCUGUGAAAAGACUGUCCUGAAGAGAGUGCUGAAAGAGCUGUGGAAACUGGUGAUGAACACAAUGGAAAAAACAAUUGUUCUUCCAACACUCACUGAUCAGACGGGAACCCAGAUGAUCUUCAAUGCUGCUAAGGAGUUGGGACAGCUUUCUAAGCUCAAGGAGCACAUGGGGCGAGAGGAGGCCAAAGCAUUGACUCCUAAACAGUGUGCAGUUAUAGAGCUGGCACUCGACACCAUUAAGCAAUACUUUCAUGCUGGUGGCGUGGGCCUGAAGAAAACAUUCUUGGAGAAGAGUCCAGAUCUGCAGUCUCUGCGCUACGCCUUGUCCCUGUACACACAGGCCACGGACAAACUCAUCAGGAAGUUUGUCCUUUCGCAGAACGCUCAGGGUAAAAUUUUAACACACACACACACACGUGAUCAGUCACUCACUGAGUUUGUCUUUGCAGCAUCUGGAGUGGACUCAGUUGGCGAGGUGGUCAUGGUCGUGGAUAUCUUACCCCAACCUAAUGGAGAACACAAGAUCAAUGUCAAAGUGGUGGCUGCAAAUGACCUGAAGUGGAGGGCGCAGGGCUUCAGGCCUUUUGUGGAAGUUUAUAUCAUCGGCCCUCACCUCAGUGACAAGAAGAGGAAAUUUGCCACCAAGUCCAAGAACAACAGCUGGUCUCCAAAGUUCAGCGAGAGCUUCCAGUACUCCCUCGGCACUGAGGUGGGUCCAGAGAGCUACGAGCUACAAGUGUGCGUGAAGGACUACUGCUUCGCCAGAGAGGACCGCACCGUGGGAAUGGCCUUGCUGCAGGUGAAGGAAAUAGCCAACAAGAGCAGCGUCACCUGCUGGCUGCCGCUGGGAAGACGUGUCCACAUGGACGAGACGGGCCUGACGGUGCUGCGCAUCCUCUCUCAGCGCAACAACGAUGACGUGGCAAAGGAGUUCGUGAAGCUCAAGUCGGACCAGCGCUCGGCUGAGGAGGGCCGCAGCUGAGGGAGGAAGAGGAGAGAGAGAGCGAGGACACACAUGUGCACCAAAACACCAGAGACCUGUUCGACAAAGUAUUAUGCACACAUGUCGUAGUCACACCCACAUAGACUGGCAACCAUGUGCAAUACACAAGCACACACAUGAAAACGCUCUAUUGUACAUAUAUCUGCAUACAUUAUGCAACAUUUACAUAGCAAUGGUAUCAAUGUAAACACGUAGGAAUAGGUUUUUAAAAAAUCCAAUUUAAUUUUCAAUAUUUCAACAGCUCCACUCAAACCUCUCAGUUUAACAUUAGCGUAACAUUAGCAUCACAUUAGCACUUGUCACUCACUCUUUCCUACAACACAUCACACCUUUUUUAUACACUGUAAAUUUCAAUGUGAUAUAACACAACGCAGAUCAACGACCAUGUGAAUAGUUUGAGAGAGACCACUUUGCACUUUGCUUCUGUGUCUUCAGGAGGUCGGUCCUUGCCCUGCUACGAUCUGUCCGUCUGCUUGCCUGCCUGACUGUGUUGCCCCCCCCCCCCCAUUGUUUCAUCUGCUUAGUCUUCUCACGGUGUAAUGACGUGAUGUGUGAGGUGGAGAUCAGGCACAGAUCUAAGAUCACAAAACCCAAACAGAGGAAACACUGACCUUAGAUCAGUGUCCGAGGGCAACAUCUCUAUCUACGUCUGUCCUGUAAUGUAAAGUCCUGCAUGUUGACUCCAGGACACUGUGAUUCCCUCUGCUGUAACCAUGGCAACCACUCCCCUCCCACAUGAAAAAAUGGACGCCUCCAAUAUUUGACCUGUGCGAGCAUGGUGCAUAAAACCCUGAUACCGAAAGGUUUUUAUAGAUCAGACCUGACGAGACUUUAUGAUCCUGGAGAAAACACCACCAGUGGAACGAUGACGAGCCUCACGUGUGAUGUUUCCAUAAAAGCAAAGGUUUUGGCCACAAUGUGCUUUUUUUUUUUAAAGAAAAAAAAACUCUACUUGCUUUACAUCACGACAAACGGAGCAAUACCCCAGCGUCGAACACAUCCACACCCCUGGAGUGCACGUGAACUCCAGGAAGGGCUACGGGAUCAGUGGACUGGGAGGUCACUUCACGCACCGAGGUCAGUGCUUCUGUUGGCAGACGUCCGCUCGGCCACAGACACACUGCACACAGUCUUUCAUGAGUGACACUGUGGAGGAACUUGAAAAAAAAAAAAAAAAA